ACAUGGAAAAAUAAGUGUGAGUGCGUGUGUGUUUAUGAAAAAUAUAAUUGCCACAACAUAUUUAUAUUAUGCGCACCGAACGAACAAAAAACACAAAACUUGCGAGCAGUUCAACAAUUGUGUCAGUCGAAUACGUAUUCAAUUGUAUGUGGCCUGGGUGUCUCUUCAAUACACACAGACAGCAGACACACACACAAACACACAGACAGCAACACACACAUACACACAGAGACACAACACACAGACACACACACACACACAGACACAAUACAUAACAUAUAGAGUGAAGCUCUCAUACAAACACUCACUGUUAACACACACACAAGAGAAACAAAAACAACAUACGUGAGUUGUCGCUGCCGUCACCGUCACCAUUCAGCAGCAGCGGCAGCAGCAGAGUCUGCCUUUUACAUUUGCGAAAAAAUAAAAAAAGAGUAAAAAUCCAAAAAGCAAAAAUUUAUAUUAUAUUUUGCUUGAAUAGUGCCCUAAUUGUAGACUCAGACUGGGGUGUACGGAAUUGGAUUGUUUGGUGCACAGGGAAGUGGAAACAGCCUCAACACGAAUUACCUACCAUUUGCACCGCAGAGGAGAUCGACUGUGGUUGCCACCGCCGCAACAAGAUCUGCCUCAAUUACGCCUACGCCAACGUUUACGCCCAUUGGCAGUCGCUUGGGCUUUAAUUUCAGCAACACCAACAACAGCAACAACUACAGCAACAACAACAGUAGCAGCAGCAGUAACAAUAUCAACAACAACAAUUAUUACAGCGCAAAGCCGCCGCAAGUAAGCGACGCACUGUUAGAGAACAACUUGUCCCGCACGCCGCCACCAAUAGCGACGGCAACAGAAGCGAUCAUGUCCUUGUCGGCGGCUGGCACAUCGCCCACAAGCACCAUUGAGCCAUUUGUGGCCUCUCGCGCACAUAUCGUCAAGGAGGGCUGGCUGCAGAAGCGUGGUGAGCAUAUCAAGACCUGGCGCCAACGUUACUUUGUGCUCUGUUCGGAUGGUGCGCUGAUGGGCUAUAAAAGCCGGACGGCCGAUGCACAGACGGAACAGCUGCUCAACAAUUUCACUGUGCGCGGCUGCCAGAUAAUGGCCGUGGAUCGGCCAAAGCCCUUCACAUUCAUCAUACGCGGCCUGCAAUGGACGACGGUGAUUGAGCGCACAUUCGCCGUCGAUACGGAAGUGGAGCGCCAGGCCUGGACCGAGGCCAUACGCAAUGUGGCCAACAGGCUGUGCGAAAUGGGCGAAACGGCUAUGUCGCCAUCGGCCCAAACCGACAUGGGUGAUGUCGAUAUGGCCGGCAUUGCCGAGGUGGAACUAUCCGAACAGUUCUCCGUGCAAGGCACCACACGGAAUAGCAGCGGUGUCAAAAAAGUGACACUGGAGAACUUUGAGUUCCUCAAAGUGCUCGGCAAGGGCACCUUCGGCAAGGUGAUCCUGUGCCGCGAGAAGGCCACAGCUAGAUUGUACGCAAUUAAAAUUCUCAAAAAGGAGGUCAUCAUACAAAAGGAUGAAGUCGCGCACACAUUAACCGAAAGCCGUGUGCUCAAGUCAACAAGUCAUCCGUUCCUUAUUUCACUAAAAUAUUCAUUUCAAACCAAUGACCGUUUGUGUUUUGUCAUGCAAUAUGUGAAUGGUGGGGAGCUGUUUUGGCAUUUAAGUCAUGAGCGCAUCUUUACCGAGGAGCGUACACGAUUUUAUGGCGCCGAAAUAAUAUCGGCACUGGGCUACCUGCACUCGCAGGGCAUUAUUUAUCGUGACUUAAAGCUGGAGAAUCUUUUGCUGGACAAAGAUGGUCACAUAAAGGUAGCCGAUUUUGGGCUGUGUAAGGAGGACAUCACCUAUGGCCGUACAACAAAAACGUUUUGUGGCACACCAGAAUAUUUAGCGCCUGAAGUAUUAGACGAUAAUGAUUAUGGACGCGCUGUGGACUGGUGGGGCACCGGUGUGGUUAUGUAUGAGAUGAUCUGCGGUCGCCUACCCUUCUAUAAUCGAGAUCAUGAUGUGCUCUUCACGCUCAUAUUGGUAGAGGAUGUGAAAUUUCCACGCAAUAUACCCGAUGAAGCAAAAAGUCUGUUAUCCGGCCUGUUGGCCAAGGAUCCGAGAAAUCGCUUGGGCGGCGGACAGGAUGAUGUUAAGGAAAUACAAGCGCACCCAUUCUUUGCGAGUAUUAACUGGACAGAUCUGGUGCAAAAGAAGAUAACGCCGCCGUUCAAGCCUCAGGUCACAUCAGACACAGACACACGAUAUUUUGACGAAGAGUUUACUGGCGAGAGCGUCGAGCUGACGCCGCCAGAUCCCACGGGACCAUUAGGCUCCAUAGCCGAAGAGCCGCUUUUCCCGCAGUUCAGCUAUCAAGGAGACAUGGCCUCUACAUUGGGCACCUCGUCGCACAUAAGUACUUCCACAAGUCUCACAUCGAUGCAAUAGAACAAGCUACAAGUUUUACAAGCACACUCACAAAAAACAAAAAAAAAAAAAAAAACAAAAAAAACUUACAUACAUACAUACAUACAUAAAUACCACACAUCAUGUUCUGCUUAUUCACCUAUACCCAUAUAAUAUGCCUAGUUAUAUAUAAAUGGGAAAAAUUGCGAGCAAAACAAAUAAAUUUGUACCGCUAAGUUUCUACACCAAUAAUAACAAAUUGAAUGAUAGUAACUUAUUUUUCACAACUUCAGCAAGAGCAAACAACACCGCGCAGUUGAAAAUCGUAUGGAGCAGAUAAGAGCAUGUUGAACGAGCGAUAUAUAAAGAAGAAAAAAAAAACAAAAAAUAAAUAAAAUAGUUUACUACUUAUGA